AGUUCAGCUGUUAUAUCAGAUAUAGCUCUGAUGAGCUUCUGAGAACUCACAGCUCUGCAUCUCCUAAUGAACAUCCUCGGUGGAGAAAGACGGUCAGCGCCAGUGUUUUAUUACAUGGCUGGCUAUCAAGGCCUUCGGUCAGACCGCAAAAGGUUGCAAGAAUGGACAGGUGGGCUUUUAGAGCCCAGUAACCCCAUUAUGCCUGGCAGAUUGCUCGUGGGUCAUCCACCUCCCAAAUGGCAGGGCAGAAGAAUGACCCAAGAACAGUUCACUCAUAGGAACAAUGUCCAGAGCACCGAGAAACCUCUCGUGUACAAAGUGGGCAUCUACGGCUGGCGGAAACGUUGCCUUUACUUCUUCGUCCUUCUACUCAUGAUCCUUAUCCUGGUCAAUCUAGCACUCACCAUCUGGAUCCUUAAGGUCAUGAACUUCACCAUAGAUGGCAUGGGUAACUUGCGAAUCACAGAGAAAGGGCUGAAACUAGAAGGCGACUCGGAGUUCCUUCAGCCGCUGUAUGCCAAAGCAAUCCAGUCCAAAGUGGAUAGUUCACUUUUCCUGCAAUCAUCAAAAAAUAUCUCUGUUAACAUCCUUAAUGGGAAGAACCAGCUGGUCUCACAACUAGUUGCAGGUUCCCAUGGUGUUCAUGCACGGGGUAAGAUGUUUGAGGUAAAGUCAAGCACAGGCAAGUUGUUGUUUUCGGCUGAUGACCAUGAGGUGGUGGUGGGAGCUGAGAGAUUACGAGUCCUGGGGGCUGAGGGAGCCGUGUUCAGUAACUCGGUGGAGACCCCACAUGUCAGAGCCGAGCCUUUUAAAGAGCUACGUUUGGAGUCUCCGACACGCAGCCUGUAUAUGGAGGCUCCUAAAGGUGUACACAUUCAGGCUGAAGCUGGCGAUUUCCAAGCCACAUGCAGGAGCGACCUGCGCCUGGAGUCAAAAGACGGAGAGAUCACUCUGGAUGCCAAGAGAAUCAAACUCCUGCGCCUGCCUGAGGGUAAAGCCUCCACAUCAGCAAAUGCACAGAAAGUGUUUGAAGUGUGUGUCUGUCCCAAUGGGAAGCUCUUCUUAUCACAAGCUGGAACAACAACCACCUGCCAGAUCAGCAACAACGUCUGCCUUUAGACAGUCUUUGCAUCACACACGUACGCGAUCUACACACGACGUCCAUACAACCACGUACGAGAAGAUACGGUCACUCGUUCCUUCAGAACGGACUGCAAAUCCGGCUCUCUGGUGAAUCCUAUCAUCGUAAGAACUGUUUUAUUACAAAAAAAAUAUUGAAAAAUCGCCAUGGUUGCAAUUUGACAAUUCAAAAGCAGACAUUUUUGGAUGGUCGCCGAACACAAGUUGCCAGUGUAUGGUUCAUAACGUCCAUAUCUUCCUAUUUAUUUGCUAUUUUAAUGAGCAUCCCAUCUAACGGACAAUAUACUUAUAUUUUUUUUUCCCCAAUUUAAUCUCAUUGAUCAAAUAUUAUUCAUAAUUCACGUCAACUGCGUCAAUUCUUUGUAUACAUAGUUUUCUUUUUCUUUGGGCUCCACUCCUCCUUUUUUUAAACACAAUAUCAACCACAUGGUGAAUAUCUGCAGCUAAAACAUUGCUCAUGGAGAAAAAUAAAUACAUAAUUGAACAAUGCAGUGAAAUGGGACACUUCACAGGUGGCGGUGAUCACCCAAAAUCAAAACUGUGCUUGCACUGGGACUAACCUGAUGCACCCUCUCUGUUCAAAGGGGAGAACAGUGCCUGUGCCUUAGCUCAACGCACUCGUGGCAAGAAGAAGCACAUCUCACUGACCUUUAUUUUUUAACAAGGAGACUUUUAUUUUCACUUUAUUUACCCUGGUUUUUUGGGUGUUUGGUACCCACAGGAAAAAAAAUAAUCUUAUAAAAUAUUUUCGGUUGUACAAUAAACGAGAAUGCAAAGGACCAAGACGUCCCCUGUUUUUUGUUCAUUUGGCACAAAGGUCAGCAAAUAAAAAAAGAAAAUUAAAUUUAUACCUAAUUAGAUUUUUUAGGGGCAGUUAGGGUCUUUGCAUUCUUAAUGGAACUGUGUGUUUGAGUAUGUGUGUGCGCGUGCGUGUGUGUAUGUAUGUCGGGAAAAAGGUCCACCACUAGAUUUAUGUAAUUUUAUGUAUUAAACAUUAAUGAUUAACAGAAAUAAACAAAGCAGGAAGAUAAACCAAAAAACUGAGGGGCCUGAAUGACUCAGCAUCCCAUUGGUCGAUUUUGAGAAUUGUCACAAGCUCUCAUGCAUACGAUGUGCAGCAUUCUGUUCUUGACUGAGGAUCCACUCAAUAUGGUACUCCAUGUGUCUUUUUAUUAAAUAAUCA